AUGGCUAAAUUCGCGGCGUCAGCUCUAGUUGCUUUGCUUGUAUUUUCUAGUGUGUUUGUGGUGUCCCAGAGUCGGGACAUCAAGGCCGAAAAGGCGGCCCAAGUAAGGACGGAGGGGUUAGGGUUGGACCUGGGUGGUAUUGGCAUCGGUAUUGGUGCGGGCAUUGGUAUUGGAUUAGGUGGUAGCGGUAGUGGGUCAGGGGCAGGAGCAGGUUCGGGUUCAGGCGGUGGCUCCAGUAGUUCAAGCUCGAGCUCGAGUUCAAGUUCGAGUUCUAGCUCUGGUGGUGGUGGUGGGGCUGGAUCCGAAGCCGGAUCCUCUGCCGGGUCGUAUGCCGGAUCAAGAUCCGGAUCGGGCGGCUACGGAGGUGGCCAGGGAAGUGGCUACGGUGGAGGUAGCGGCAGGCACUAA